UACAAUAUGACAGAUAUAUAUUUGCACUGCGAAUAAUGAGUACAAAAUCAAGGCUCGUUGUGCAAUCUUUUCUAUGUCUAAAUUUUAAGGCGUUUGGGGCCAUUCAUGGUUCCGCAUGUAUGUAUGUGAAAGCCACGCGAUGUAGAUAUGCUAGAUGGACCAGUCGAAAACCUGUUGCAAUUGUCAACGAGCAUGAGUUUUUCGACACUGAUGAUGCAACUGUAACCAAAGUGGAUGAACAAAGAGCUCCCAAAACACGUAAGAAAUCUAAAAUAAAAACAUGCGAAAAGAAAGAGAAGAGGAAACAAAGUGAAACAAAAAAUGAAAUGAAAGAAUACACUACUGAACAUACAGAAUCAAAAUAUAUAGCCCUUAAAGCAGAUGACAAGAUCAUAAGCUCAUUAAUGAUAGAUGUCAAAACGAGAAAAAGGAGAACUAAGAAUCAUCAGAUGUUAUUGGAAGGUUUUCGAUUAAUUGAAGAUGCAAUUCAGGCAGGAGCUAUACCAAAAGUGAUAUUUUUCAACAGAUUAUCUGACAUAUUGCCAUUAUCGCUUCCUAAGGAAGUAACAUUAUAUAAAAUUCCAUAUCGUACGAUUCAGUUAUGGUCUAACUUAACAACUUCUCCUGGAAUAAUUGGAAUUUUUGAAAUUCCAAAUACAGAGGCUAAGGAACCUGCCAAAGAUGCUAUACCUUUGACCAUUAUUUGUGAUAAUAUCAGAGAAUCAGGAAAUUUGGGAGCUAUCAUAAGAGCUGCUGCUGCAGUUGGUUGUGAAAAGUUAUUGUUAAUGAAAGGAUGUGUAGAUUUGUGGGAGCCCAAAGUUGUACGCAGUGCUAUAGGUGCACAUUUUCGUUUACCAAUAUUUACAUCUGUUUCAUGGGAUGAAAUUCCGACGUUAAUAAGCAACGAAGCUGCAAUUUUUUUGGCAGAUAACAACAUAAUAUAUGAAAAUGAUUUAAAAGAUUCUAUAGAUAAUUCAGAAUCAAAUGUAAACGUUUUAACAGAAGUCAAUGAUAAUAAUAUAAAGCGAGAUAAUCCAGAUGCGAACGACGAUCAAACUAUUGAAGAUAAUGCGAACCAAUUGAUAGAUGAAAUUAAAACAUACAAAUCAACUGCAAAAAGUAAAUUAUUGAUAAAAAAGUUGAUAUCUCGAUUUCCAGUUAUACCUUACUACGCACUAGAUUUUACAAAAAGAGAAAUAGUAAUUGUUAUUGGUGGAGAAACUGAAGGUGUAAGUCUUGAAUCCUGUAAACUACUUUCUGCAAGGAACUGCAUUCGUGUUAAUAUACCAUUAACUAAUGGUGUUGAUAGCUUAAACGUUAGCGUAGCUCUUGGUAUUAUUACAUUUGAAAUGAAAAGACAGUUUGUAACUCGCAUAAUUGAUAAUGAAUAAAACUAUUCUUAAAUUACAAUAAUAUGAAUAAUGUUUCCUUGUUACCAAUCUUUCUUAAUUUGAUUCAAUCUAAAUUUAUAUGGAUGUAAAAUUUUAUUAUGAAAGAUCGGAGUAUGCUAUGUUUGGUCUAUUGCAAUAAAUGUUCUAC